CUUGCACAAGAUAAACACGAACGAGCUCUUAUCUCUCAGGUAGUCUCUCCUCAGGAUAUUGGUGUCACAUACGAUAUGAUCGGGGGUUUGAACGAAGUAAAGGAGCUGUUGCGGCAAAGUAUAACGUACCCUCUAAAGUUUCCCCAUCUUUACAGCGAAGGAAUUGCUCGGGAGGCUGUGAAGGGAGUGCUACUUUUUGGUCCGCCAGGAACUGGAAAGACUAUGUUGGCAAAGGCAGUUGCCACCGAAGGUGGUGCAAGUUUUCUCAGUGUGGAUGCGUCUUCCGUAGAGAACAAAUGGCUAGGGGAGUCAGAAAAGAACGCCAAGGCCGUUUUCACUCUCGCCCGUCGCCUGGCACCUUGCGUAAUCUUCGUUGACGAGGUCGAUUCCUUGUUGUCGAGUCGAGAAGGUACAUCAGACGAUUCAGCUCACGGGACUUUGACGAGCGUGAAGACAACCAUGAUGAGCGAAUGGGAUGGUUUGAAUUCAGGAACAAAUGGAUCGGGUGAAGCAGGGUCCGAGCGAGUGGUAGUAAUCGGAUCAACGAAUCGUCCAUUCGACCUGGACGAAGCAGUGCUGCGGCGCUUUCCGCGGCGAAUUUUGGUUGAUUUGCCCGACCUUGAGACUCGCACAGAGAUUUUGGAAGUAACUCUUGCCGAAAACCGAUUGGACCCGGAGGUCAAUUUGACACAGAUUGCUGAGCGCCUUGAAGGCUACACGGGUUCGGAUAUCAAAGAAGUUUGUCGGGAAGCCGUGGUUCAAAUCAGUCACGAACAAGCUCGUCUCUUGGACCAAGGCUUUAUGAAUACUAGAGAGGACAUGACUCAAGGCUCCUUGCAAAGGCUCCGCCCUGUCACAGCGGAGGAUUUCGAGACUGCGUUAAACAAGCUGAAGCGAAGUGUCUCGGAAAAGGGCCGAGAGCUCGCCCGUGUUUGGGAGUGGAAUGAUGAGUAUGGAGAGAUCAAGAAGGAGAAAAAGAACCAUCUUCCCCAUCUUGCAAACAUGUAUUUAUAA